GGGGAAAUCCUUGGCUCAGCUUGUGUUCUCGUUUCCCUCGCGGAUGUAGCUUUCUCACCGGGACCUGUGGCGAGUCGAGCGGGAAGAGGGUAGUGAUGUGGCCGCGACGACCGCGGCGGAGCGAUCUCCAUGAGUACAAAGAGCACGGAGACGUUUAGCUUCCCAACUAGCCCGUGCGAGCUCGCGUUCCAGGUGGCGCGGCGCAUGUUCGUGCUAUGGUCGACGCUAAGCUAACAACCAAAACAAAACAUUUUCUUUUAAGACUGCCAUUUAUACUAGUGCGCGAAAAUGGAGAAGAAAAGGUGGGAUUGCACUGCUCUCCCCAAAGGCUGGAAAAUGGAAGAAGUGACCAGAAAGUCGGGUUUGUCCGCCGGGAAAAGCGACGUCUAUUAUUUUAGCAGAGGAGACGAGCCAGAUGAGGAACAGAGGCAAGAGAGGGGGGAGGCGGGUCGGUUGUAUAGUCUGUGUCCAUCUGGCAAGAAGUUCCGAAGCAAGCCUCAGUUGGCCCGUUACCUCGGCAACCAGAUGGACCUGAGCUCAUUCGACUUCCGCACGGGGAAGAUGCUGAUGAGUAAGCUGAACAAGAACCGCCAGCGGAUGCGCUACGAUAACAACAACCAGAACAAGGGUAAACCUGACCUGAACACAUCGCUACCAGUCAGACAGACAGCCUCCAUCUUUAAGCAGCCUGUUACCAAGGUUACCAACCAUCCCAGCAAUAAAGUCAAGACAGACCCACAGAAAGCUGUGGACCAACCUCGUCAGCUAUUUUGGGAGAAGAAGCUAAGCGGUUUGAGUGCAUACGACAUCGCAGAAGAGUUGGUGAAAACCAUGGAGCUGCCAAAAGGUCUUCAAGGUGUGGGUCCAGGCUGCACAGACAAGACGCUUCUGUCGGCCAUCGCCAGCGCGCUUCACACCAGCGCCGCCCCCAUCACCGGGCAGCUAUCGGCCGCCGUCGAGAAGAACCCGGGCGUGUGGCUUAACACCACGCAGCCGCUCUGUAAGGCCUUCAUCGUCACCGAUGAGGACAUUAGGAAGCAGGAGGAGUUGGUGUACAGCGUGAGGAAACGCCUGGAGGAGGCGCUCAUGGCUGACAUGUUGGCGCACGUAGAGGAGGCGGCGGCGGCGGCCGGCGAGGGCGACGCCGUCAAGGACGAAGGCAACGUCAGCGAAGACAUGGAGAGCGUAUAACGCAGGUGCCGCCAGCCCAGACGGCAACUAUUGUCCUUUUCCCCGGUCUUCAUCAUCUUCGCAAACAUUGGACGAGCCUUUCCUGCCAUCUCCGGCCCGCCACAUGCAAGCAGAUUGAUUGAACUGCAGUGUCCGUUAUGGCCACAGGAUGGCAGCAACAUGUGAAAUUCUCCCCAAACCCAAAACAAGAAGAGACAUAAUCCAGAACUUUUUUUUUUUGGUCACACAUUCACACCGUUGUAUGCGAGAAUCGAACUCACGGUGUCGGCACACAAGACAGGAAAGUGUACCCCUACACUUUUCACAGAAAUGUGCCAAUGUUGGAUAAAAUGAACAUUUUUCCUCAAGCCAUUCAUUUUUCUUUUUUGACAAUCCUGUCAAAGAAAUAUUUGGGUGCUUACUCAUUUUUUUAAAUGGAUGUGAAGGUCAAAAAUAUUUUGCAUCUUAAAUUUUAAGCAUUCACUCUGUGCACCACAGAAUGAGGUACUGGUUACUGGUGGUACGUGGCCCGUAUACCUUCUGUUCAUUAUAUAUUUAAUUCUGAAACACUAAUAAAAAAAUGUGGUCAAACUUUUUAAAAAAAUAUACUAUA